ACCAUCUUGAGCUGUUCCAAAUUAUAAAAUAGGAAAGAAAUAAAAUUCAUUUGGUAUUAAAUAAUAAUUACAGCACUGCAAAGGAAACCAAAUACAACCAGCUUCUCUUUUUCUUCCUCCAUUGCCUCUCAUUCAUCCUCGAGACUUUCAACAUCUGUUUGCUUGUUCCCCAUGGAGGAUUUCAGAUCCAAGUCAUGCAGGGAUGGGGGGAUGCAGCUUGAGAGCUACUAUGGAGGAAGGACUGCCCCAACAAGCAUGCAAGAUAUGAGGUCUUAUAGUGUUAGUUAUGGUGGUUCAUCUGCAGAGCCAAACCAGUUUGUAAAGGAAGUGAAGAUCAAGAAAGGGAAAAGCACUGUUGGGGCUAUUUCAAAAAGCUGGAGCAUCAGUGACCCAGAAUUGCAGAGGAAGAAGAGGGUUGCUGGGUACAAGGUUUAUGCUGUGGAAGGAAAGAUGAAGGGGUCUCUGAGGAAGAGCUUUAGGUGGCUCAAGAAGUCAUACACCCAAGUGGUCUAUGGAUGGAGGUGAUCGAUGGGUAUAUCUUACUUUUUUCCAAUUUGAAGGUUUUACAUUCAUAAAGUCUGUUUACGGAUUUGAAAUUGUAGUAUGUAUCUGAAAAUCUUGAAUCUCAUAGGACUGAAAGUCCUCUUAUUUAUACGGUUAUACCAAAUACCACAAGUACAUGUGUGAGAGAACUGUCUUCUUUUUCUUUGGGUUCUAAGAAGCCUACUCUAAGCUAAUGUUAUAAAGAUCAAUCACAAGAUAUUGCUUUACUUUA